AUGUCAAUCCCAGGGCUAGGGCAAAUACCGACUCAACAGGCCGCCACCUCGUCCACGCGCGUCGUCUCCCUCAAGCCCGCCUGGGAAUGGCGCUUCCAGAUACCCGUCGGCCGCAGCCUCGGGCUUAAGGUCCUCUCCGGUACCGCUGAGAAGGACGGCAUCGAACUCGCCCCGCGAAGCACAUACACCCUCCCCGGGGGCACCGCGUCCAAGAUUCUCACGUGGCACGGCUGCGAGCUCGAGAUCGAGGGUCGCUCGGACAAUGGCAGCGACUCCGUCGCCGAAUACGCGACACCAGCGGCGAACCCGGCCAAUGCGCAUGUGAAUCUCCAUGCGCGACUCAGCGAGCUGCGCGCCGCUGCUGCGCGCGAGGGGAGAGAAGGCCCUCGCGUGCUCAUUACGGGGCAUAGUGGCGCGGGUAAGACUGCUCUUACGCGCACGCUGACGAGCUACGCGACGAGGCAGGGCGAGCAGCCCCUUACGGUCAAUACGGACCCGCGCGACGGCAUGCUUAGCCUGCCGGGCACUCUGAGCGCGGCCGUCUUCGCAACGGUCAUGGAUCCCGAGGCGCGCGAUGGCUGGGGCGGCACGCCGACGAGUGGGCCGAGUGUUGUGCCCGUCAAACUGCCGCUCGUCUACUUUUACGGGCGAGCGGACGCCGAAGAGGAGCCCGACUUCUACAAGGCGCUCGUGAGAGUCCUUGUGGACGGGACAGGGCUGAGCGAGGACAAUACCGUGGCCAUGGACUUGCUGGCCCACGUCGUUGACGAGCUCUCCAUUAACAUUGUCGUCGUGCUCGGGUCGACGCCCUUGCACGCUGAGCUGGGCAGGCGGUUCGCGAGCGAGAGGACGAGCUUGGGCGAGCCGAUCCAAGUGGUAGGCUUGGAUCAGUCAGACGGCGUGGUCGAGCGAGACGAGUCCUUUGCCGAGCACGUCCGCGAACAAAUAAUCAAGGAGUAUUUCUUCGGCGACGCGAAGCGGACACUUAGCCCGCAGAUCCAGCAGGUCGAUUUCGACAGCCUGAUCAUUUACAAGGUGGCUGACGAUUCUGAGGAGGCGCACGGGCCGGAUAUGCUCGUGCGGGAAGAGCCGUCGUCGCUGAUGCAGCACUGGACGUUGGCGGUGAUGCACGCGGCCAACAAGGACCCGGCAGAGACGGUGCGCGCGGCGAGCGUCAUGGGGUUCGUGUAUGUGUCCGACGUGGAUGAGGAGCGGCGCAAGGUCAAGGUGUUGGCGCCGAUCGGGGGCCGGCUGGGUGACAGGCCGCUCGUGUGGGGGCGGUGGCCGGAGCCGUACAUGAACCUCCUGGGGUAA